AUGCAUGAUUGGUCAGAUGAGAAUCGCAGGCGCAUUUUAAGCCACAUUACUAGUGCUAUGGAGAAGGGCUACUCUAAGCUUCUUCUUGAAGAUCAUAUUGUUCCUGACCAAAAUGCCGGUGCCCGAGAGACCUUACUUGAUAUGACGGUCGUGGUUUGGUGUCCGGGAAUUGAACGGACUCGCCGGCAAUGGACAGAGCUUUUGCAAUCUGUCGGACUAGUGAUCAGGAACUUCUGGCUACCAGAGGGACAUGCCAAGGGCGUUAUCGAAGCCGAACUCCUCGACGCAAGAGGUAUUUGA